AUGUUUAGGCCUUCUGUGCAGAUGAUGUGUGAUGUUGAGCUGCGAGUUUUUGAGAACACAAAUCAUAGGAUUUAUAAAGAGGAUUGGUGCAUCUGCAUUGAGUCAGAGUAUUCGGAGCUUGGGCAGAGUUUUUGCUGCCCAUGGUUUUCUGAUCUCAGCACCAAGGCAAGCAAAUAUGACAAGCAUCAUUCUGGAUCAGGAAAUUGUGAGCCACCUUCUUCAAUGUCGUCUCCAUCUCCUAGGAAGAUGGGGCAUUGCAUAUCCACCAACCGUGUCUCAGGUUCAAUGUCUUUCUUGGUUCUGUAUCAACAGAAAGGUGACCAAUUGGAGAUUGAGAUACCACCUGACGGAAAAGAAAAGAUAUCCAGCUUUGUGCACGAGGAGGAACGUGAAGUUGAGGCUUUCAGAAGGGAGAUUAGUAAGCUGAAGAUUGAACUUAAAAUAUACAUGUCAAUGGAAUCAACAAAUUUGAAGGGUGGUGUUGAAGGGAAAAGAGAGAACUCUAAACUCCAAGAAAGGCAGGGAAGGAUGAGAGAUAAUAUACCAGACUGGGAUCAUGAGGUAAGGGAUUUCAAAGCUCGUCUUUCUGAAGUAGAGAAAAUGUUGUUUGAUAAAUCAAAUUUGAAGGUGUCCAAUCUCUUUCCCAUCUGCGGCGAGGUUGCUUCCUCCAACGAGACGGCAGAGUCAACUGAGCAUGUCAGCGAUGGGAUUGAAUACUCGGAUCGAGUCAGAGUUCGCGCCGCCCGCCCUGAGCACAUAGAAGGCGUGGGCCCAAAACCUUCGACCCUUCUUUCUAAAUGGGGGUGCCCGGAGCACCCAUCUUGUCACUUCGUUGUUACUCUCAUUUCCGUUAGGCUUAGGCCGAAGUGUUUGACACAUUCUUGUCUCCUAGAUAUGAACUCAGUGGCGAGGCAGUUAUCAAGCUUAUUCAGAAGUUCAGGUCUCACAACUGAACCCUUCAAUAUUGGGCAUCACCAAAUGAAGCAGCAGCUUCAGCAAUGCAGAUGCAUUCGAGUAAAGGUCGUACAUGGGAACUUGGAAGCGGCAUUGGCAUUGAUGCAGCAUAAGAUGCAAGGAAGUGGGAUUGAGAGAAUGAUAAAGCAGGAACAAAGAUUUCAUUUAAAAAACUCUGAGAAGCGUAUUUUAGCCCAAAAGAACUUGGAGCGAAGGCUUCGGUCUGAGGAUCUUGCUAAGAAACUAAAGGCCAUUAUGAUCAAGAAAGUCAGGUAUUUAGCUCUUAUAUACAUAACCCUUGCUAAAAAGGAUUAUUAA